AAUGACUAAUCAAAUGCUAAGUGGAUUCGCUUGUCUCUUUAAAUCUUUUUAAAAUCUUCCUGAUUAAAAUACUUUGCAUGGUGAAAUAAUUCACCAAAAUCUUCUAAGUAUGUAUAAGUUGAGCCAUCCAAAGAGAAAUUGAGUAAAAAUGAAUACGAAUGUGACAUAAAAAAGCAUUGAUUUUUUUGCGAGUAUCCGCGGGUACCCACAAGUUUUAAAAUAUUUGUGGGUAUUUUUUAAACGGGUAUCCAACGGGUAGCGGAUAUAAUUUUAUCCAACGGAUCGGAUUGCUGGUAGGCACUAUCCGUACCUGACCUGACUCGUUGCCAUCUUUAGGCAUGAUUCUUAACCGGAUCAUAGCCCGAAGGAAAAUAACCAACAACAGGAGCUGUUUUAUUGGGAUGCUCGUGGACAACCUCCACUGCAACCUCAAUUCGAUCAAGUUGAGGGGGAACAUCUUUUUUCUUCUUGUUCUUCUCCUUUUUGGGAGUUUUGGAUUUUGGUGCAUCAGUGUUCGAAUCCAUUACACUGUAUCGAUUAAAAAUUAUUAGAUUCCACGCAAAGAAUAGAUAGAGAUGUCAACAAAGGUUCUUCAGACACACAAAUCGUAGGCACAUCAUAGAUUUUGAAAUCAAAAAGUGUCGUUUGGUAUGCAAAACCUAAAUAAAAUACACAAAUUUAUAGAAAGACAAACCCUAAAACCAACUACAAAAUCAAACAACGAAGGGUUAUCUAUCGUUACAAAGUGUUCAACCCGGAUGCUAGGGUGUCUGCUAUUGAACAGAGAGAACCCUAAACCCCAACUGAGCCCAGGAUUGUAUAAUAUAAAGGUUUAAUGUAUUUGGAGGUUCCUAUUUCUGCGGAUUCGUAUCAAUUGGGUCCUCUUAUUUUGGAAGUGCUCAAUUGGGUCCGUAAUUUGACAAAAUUGAGUCAAUAAUACCCUUUCCGUUAAAUGCAAUGGACGACGUUAACUUUUUAAACAGGUGGCAUGCUGAGGCAUCCUUUUAUUUCCAGGUGGCACAGUUUGAGCUUAAUAUGUGGAUUUUAUAUCAUUUUAAAGCAUUAGUAAGAAGUUGGAUUUAUUUAAUCCCUCAAUCUGAAGGUCAAAAUCCCUAAAUUAAAAGGGUGUGUUAGGAGGUCGACCUUGUAGUUCUGAGACGCGGGUGGGUGUAGUGGUAUUGGAGCUUGUGCUUGUUCUUGUUCGAAGACAAUGUCGAAGGAGCACUCUUGCUAUUUAUCGAGUUGCAGUGCCAAGCGGAAGAAAAAUGGUACGUCUUCACCGAUCUGCCACUGUGGUCAGAGAUCUGUGGUGAGAACUGCCAAAACUAUGAAGAAUCGGGGCAAGCAAUUUUGGGGAUGCUCCAAGUAUAAGAACGGUGGUGAAGACGGUGGUUGCAACUUCUUCAAAUGGUGCACUGAUAUUGGGUUUGACGAAAGGGGUAGCUACUUCAACAGUGAAGGAAACAAAGAAACUUUGGUGAACAGUGAAGACAUGGAUAGUACUAGGAAAAUGGUAGUGAAUUUAUGUUCAUUGUUCAAAAGUGGAUGAAGGUGUUGAUGUUGUUGGUUUCUGUUUUAUGUGUAAUAGAGACAAUUUUAGUUUCAAUGUUGAUGAGGAAGGGAUGAUUUCUUGUAACUUUGUUGUAGGUUGGUUUUGUUGUAAUGAAAUGAAUGAAAUGAAGGGUUGUUUCAUAAUUAAUGGAGUUGUGCUUAUAGAAUCUGAUGUGUUCAUCAGUAAGCAUGGGAUGAUUGUAAUUUGACUUGAAUAUAAAGAAUUGGUUUACAUAGAAUUGAGUUACAGAAUUAGUAUAGUAAUGCACAUAAUCUGUUAA